GUUUAUAAGGGCUACUAGACGGUCAGAUGGACACAUUUUGCGCUUUGUAAGACCUUUGGUUAGGGAGGUAGGAGGUGUGUUAACCAAGAAGCUCUGGUGUAAGUAGAAGCACACUUCUUAACUAGUUCACUUCUUUCCCUACAGACUGCUGAAUCUCCGCUGCUGAUCCAGGAACACACCGUUGAAGCUCUACACUGCCGACUGCUUGUUCUCCGUUGCCGAUCAAGGAUCAAGAAUCUCCGAUGGCUCCCUGUCCAGUUUGCAAGAAGGUGCUGUCCUCCAUCUCUGCGCACCUUUCCACAGUACAUCACGUGGAAAACGUAGAGGAGAAGAGGAUCCUGAUUCAGCUGGCGAAUCAGAAAGUGUCGAUCCUGACAUCUCCGUGUCCUGUUCCGGGAUGUGGGUAUCAGAAGUCUCGUCUUGACCGCCAUCUGACCAGCUGCCACCGGGACCUGUCCGAUCAGGCCAGGGAGAGAUACAUCCAGACGGCACAGAGGAUCAGAGCCAUUACUCUCCUGAGAGAGUUGAGGGCCAGCAGUCCGAACGUGCCCAUGGCCACUCGCUUGGACUUGGCUGCUGCUGACGAAUCUUCAACGCACGACUACGACCGAGUACUCGAGUCAGCGAAACCUGGCGUCCUCGAUAUCAGUCGGAGACUGAGAAUGGGACAACGGGUGGAAGAGAGUCUGCAGAUAAUGUUCCGGUACGUCUGUGAGGCGAUACUCCUGAAGGAGCAUCAACUGGCAGAGAGCGCUGUGCUGAACUUCAAGGUAGAGCAUUGGGUAGCUCGAACCCCGUCAGCCAGUGGCAUUGUCCUUGACCACUUUGACAUCAGCCUGACUCCCCAACAGGAAGAGUGGCUGGAGAUGUACUUUGCCCACAUCAGGUCAUGGAGCGUGAAAAAGUCCAGCCCCGAUGUUCAUGAUGGAGGCAGCUUCUUUCUCAGCCAGAAAGGAGUUCCUGUGGUUAAUCUGCGGCUUGAUAUGAAGCGGCUAUGGGAACUGUAUCCACAGGCUUCAGGGACCGACCUGCCAGCAGUUGCCCCCAGUAGCCAGCCGAGCUCUGCUGCAGGUUCUGAAGAGGGGGAUGAUGAGCAGCCUUCCUACUCACAUGCUGUGGGACAGGCAACUGGACAGCCACAGGCUCCGAAGAGGGACCACUCCCCUUCAUCCUCUUCAUCGGAUGAAGACACUGAAGAGCCUAGUGGUAGUCGCUCUGCGAUUGAAAGGAAGCGGAGGGCUAAGUCCACCUGGCUUAGUUUUCUUGACCUGUUUCCGGUGACUGUUCAUGCCACGACACCCACACCUGAGGAAAUUGUCGGCGGUGGAUUUGAUCGCGAAUGCCUUCGUUACUUUCGCAACAAAUGGAGGACAGUCCAGCGUGAACAGCGCAUCCAAUAUAUCUUGGGUAAUGACUUCCUCUCUCUUUUAUCAACACACAGUCUCUGGGCAACAAGUCUUAUCUACAUAUAA